AUGAGUUUUCAAGAUCUAGAAUCUGGUCGGGGAUUGGGGUCCCGCAGGGACUACAUAAAUGGGAAACAAGAUCCGACCCAGGCCGUGGCUUCGGGAAUUUUCCAGAUCAACACUGCUGUAUCCACCUUCCAGCGCCUCGUCAAUACACUUGGUACCCCCAAGGAUACACCUGAGCUCCGUGAAAAGCUAUAUGCCAUGGAAGUUCAACAUUUUCAAGUACAAUUGUAUUUGGCAAUAGGAUUUGGAUUGAUAUUUCUUGUCAUGAAUAGUAAUGCUAUGCCUGCUACUGAUGAGGAGCACAAAUUUUGUGGAGAGAAAUAUGUUACAAAUACAUAUUUUAAGAAACAUGAUAGUUUGAUAGAUUCACAAUUUGAAGAAUUUAUAGCAAACAAAAUUCCACUAGGUUUGUGCAAAGUGCUUCUAGAUGAACGCUAUUUCAUGCCCAGACUGUUGGCAGUGCGUCGAAAUUUAAUUGGCGAAGGCUCUCAUCGUCAACUUUCUUCAUCUAUCAGAAUCAAAAUGCAAGGAGAGUCAAUAUCUAAGCUUCCUGCUCAGUCUUGUCAAAUUAUAAUCGUCGAAAAACUGCCCUCUGGAGUCUUUGCAGAUCCCUUUGAGCUGCAACAUCUUCUCCAUCGUGGUGUUUUCACAGAUGUAACUGUUCUUGGCGACACAAAUUUAGAGCUGCCUUCAUUUCGGUCAAAUCGAUCAGUUGUUGAAAUUCACUUGGAUAUGGGUUAUAAUAUGUCAUCAGGAGGCAAGGAUGAACUGGAAGUCAACCUCAGGCUUCCACUGCAUGCACGAUAUGCGCCACUAGGACAUGGCUUUUCAAAAGUUGAAUUUGUGCAACCUGAUUUAUUCAUGCGUUGUGGCUUUGAAGGAAAGGCGUUCAACGGGAGCUGUUUAUUUAUGCCAACCAAUGAUGAUGUCGAUUACAAAGCCAGCCCUAUUGUAUGGGAGGUACCUUGUGGUAUUAAGAAACAUGCAGGAGUCGUAUCUGCUGUAACGUUUCUCUCUGCUAUUGUGUCAGCUCUUCUAAUUGUCUCGACGUCUAUUUAUCAUUCACAUAACACGAUUUUUCAAUGA